AUGGACAUGGUUAGAGGGUUGAAUGGAGAUGAUUGGGGUAAUUUAAUAUUCAAUUUAAAGAUGAUAUUUACGAUAAAAAUGAUAAAAAAGAAAAAAAAUAAGAAAAUAAUAAAGAUAAGAAAUAGUAAUAAGAAAAAAUGAAAUAAAAUUUGGAGGAAGCAAUAAAAGAUUUAAAGUAAGAAGCAUAAUUUGAUGAAAAAAAGUGA